AUGAAGCACCUAGCGCUGCUGCUUGCCGCCGCGUCAGCAUGCGUGUCCCAAGCAAACGCCAACUCGCCUCAUAUUGCACGAGUUGAACGCGCAGAGCCGCUUGACCUUUCAGAUCCAUCCUCCCAAAUCGACACACCAGACGCUGGGGCCAUUGUCAACCGCGCCAUAAACGCUGCUCCCUCUGGAUACGUCCCAUCAUCAUCGGCAUGCCCCGACCCUCCUCCCAAGAUUCGCUCAGGUAGCUCCCUUGGUCCGGACGAGAAGGCAUGGAUUCCCGAGCGUCGCAAGGAGACGAUACCUCACAUGCGCCGUCUCCUCAAGCGCUUGGUCAUUACUGGUUUCGACAGCGAAGCAUACCUUGGCAAUGCCACUCACAACUCAACAAAACUUCCGAAUAUUGGCAUCGCCAUUUCCGGAGGCGGCUACCGCGCCAUGAUUGGAGGCGCCGGCGCAAUUGCGGCCUGGGAUGAUCGCUCAGCCGGUAGCGAGGAAAAGGGAAAUCUGGGCGGCCUGCUGCAAAGCGCAACCUAUAUAUCCGGCCUCUCGGGCGGCGACUGGCUCGUCGGCAGCUUGUUUGUAAAUAAUUUCACUUCGGUGCAGAGCGCCGUCGACGCGCCGCUCAUAUGGCAGCUGGAAAACAGCAUCUUCAAAGGCCCCGAUCAGUAUAGCGUCCGUGGAUACUACACCGAUGUUUUCAACGAAGUGGAGGGGAAAUCCAAAGCCAGCUUCAACGUCUCAGCCAGCGACUACUGGGGCCGUAUGCUGGCGUACCAAAUGGUCAACGCCAGCAAUGGUGGACCGGGAUAUACUUGGAGCUCAAUCGCCAACGACUCCGACUUUUCAACGGGCAAGGCCCCAAUGCCUGUGCUUCUGGCAAACGGACGCAGCUCGGAAAAGACUGUCAUCACCGCGAUCAACUCUACAAUCUACGAGUUUACGCCUUGGGAGCUCGGCUCCUCAGACCCAACGCUCUCUGGAUGGGUGCCACUCCGGUACGUCGGCACAUCAUUCAAAGAUGGAGAUGUGACGGAUCAGGACAGCUGCGUCACCGGCUUCGAUAAUGCGGGCUUCGUCAUGGGUACCACCUCGUCGGUCUACACGCAGUCCAUCUCAUACCUCAAGGACAACAACAAAAAGUACUUACCCGGCGAUGUCCCUGACUUCGCUAUCAAGACGGCCGCGAAGCUCAUUUCUGCGCUGAGCGACUCGAGCUCCUACGACAUUGCCGAGUGGUCGCCAAACCCCUUUCGCGGCUUCCGCCCGUCCACCAACCGCAACGCCAACCACUCGCGCCUCAACCUCGUCGACGGCAGCGAGGACGCCCAAAAUAUCCCCUUCCACCCACACCUGCUGCCCGACCGCGCGGUUGACGUCGUGUUUGCCUACGACUCGUCUUCGGAUACCGAGUUCGGCUGGCCCGAUGGCUCUGCCCUGGUCGCCAGCUACGAGCGUGCCCAGCAGGCCGCAUUGCAGGACAUCUCGCCCUUCCCUCCGGUUCCGGACAAGAACACCAUGCGCAACCUGGGCUUCAACGCGCGCCCGACCUUUUUUGGCUGCAACGCCACCAACCUCACCACUCACGGCAGCGGCAGCGGCAGCGUCGCGCCUCUCGUCGUCUGGCUGCCUAACCACCCGUACGUCUACAACGGCAACCUGACGACAUUCACCUGGACCGUCAAGGACGGCGAGCGCGCCGCCAUCAUUGACAACGGCUGGGCCGUCGCCACGCAGCUCAACGCCACCCGCGACACCGAGUGGCCCGCCUGCGUCGCCUGUGCCAUCCUCGCCCGCAGCUUCUAUCGCACCAACGCCACCGUGCCCCGGCAGUGCGCCAAGUGUUUCGACCGCUACUGCUGGAAGGGCAACACAAACACCAGCACCCCCAACGGGCCCUUCGACCCGACGUACUAUGGCAAGCCCAUCAUUGUCAAGGACAGUGCUGGCCUGGCCCGCGCGUCGUACGCUACCACGCAGCUGCUCGUCACCAUCCUGUCCGUCGCCGCAAUGCUUGCUAUAUAA